GAGGUGACCGGAGAAGAAAAGAGCAGACAGGAAAGGAGAAUUCUGAUACCAUCAUGCAGCGAAGUAUCAUGUCAUUUUUUCACCCCAAGAAAGAGGGUAAAGCAAAGAAGCCUGAGAAGGAGACAUCCAGCCAAAGCAGAGAGGUGGACUCAUCCUCAAAGGUGGCGCUGAAGGAGCGGAAUGGAGUGGUGCCCGAUGGUGACUCUCCAGUGAAGAGACCAGGAAGGAAGGCAGCCCGGGUCCUGGGCAGUGAAGGGGAGGAGGAGGAUGAAGUCCUCACCCCCACCAAGGGCCAGAAGCCUGCUCUGGAUAGCCCACAAGCAUCCCCUUCCAGUCCUGCCACAUCUCCUGAAAACAGCCCUUCCCUCUCUGACACCUCUCCCACGGACAUCUCCCCAUCAGGGAUCCCAAAGCGUCGCACAGCUCGGAAGCAGAUUCCAAAACGGACAAUUCAGGAUGUCCUAGAAGAGCAGAGUGAGGACAAGGCCCGAGAAACCAAGAGGAAGAAGGAGGAGGAAGAAGCAGAGACCCCAAGAGAAAGCCUCACAGAAACUCAAGUGACAAAGAAGAAGGAAGCAGAAGAGGGGGACCAACCCACGACACCCACCAUGACCCUAAAAACCUCUACAGAAACCCCAGCAGAAAGCAUUUCAGAGCCUGGGGUUACUGUGAAGCAGGAAGCACAGGAUGAGGACAAGACUAAACCUCCCCCGCAAGCCUCCAAGACGCUCAGCAGUUUCUUCACUCCUCGGAAGCCAGCAGUCAAGAAGGAAGUGAAAGAAGAGGAGUCGGGCAAGCCAUCAGUCAAGAAGGAAGUGAAGGAAGAGGGGUCGGGCGUUCCAAAAAAUGAGGAGACCACAGACCCCCUGGAUCCAGCCUGCUACAAUCCUGCCAAAAACAACUACCAUCCCAUUGAAGAUGCCUGCUGGAAACCUGGCCAGAAGGUCCCAUAUUUGGCUGUGGCCCGGACGUUUGAGAAAAUCGAGGAGGUUUCUGCCCGGCUCCGGAUGGUGGAGACGCUGAGCAACUUGUUGCGGUCCGUGGUGGCCCUGUCACCCCUAGACCUCCUCCCUGUCCUCUACCUCAGUCUCAACCGCCUCGCACCACUCCAGCAAGGCCUGGAGCUCGGUGUGGGUGAUGCUGUCCUCAUCAAGGCAGUGGCUCAGGCCACAGGUCGCCAGCUGGAGUCCGUCCGAGCCGAGGUGGCCGAGAAGGGUGACUUGGGGCUGGUGGCUGAGAACAGCCGCAGCACUCAGAGACUCAUGCUGCCUCCACCACCGCUCACCACCUCUGGGGUCCUUGCCAAAUUCCGUGACAUUGCCCGGCUCUCCGGUGGCACUUCUAUGGCCAGAAAGGUGGACAUCAUCAAAGGCCUCUUUGUUGCCUGCCGCCACUCAGAAGCCCGAUUCAUUGCCAGGUCCCUGAGUGGACGACUUCGCCUUGGACUGGCAGAGCAGUCAGUGCUGGCUGCCCUCGCUCAGGCUGUGAGCCUCACACCCCCAGGCCAAGAAUUUCCUCCUGCUGUGGUGGAUGCUGGGAAGGGCAAGACAGCAGAGGCCAGAAAGACGUGGCUGGAGAAGCAAGGCAUGAUCUUGAAGCAGACAUUCUGCGAGGUGCCUGACCUGGACCGAAUUGUCCCCGUGCUGCUGGAGCAUGGCCUGGAGCGUCUCCCGGAGCACUGCAGGCUGAGCCCAGGGGUCGCCCUGAAACCAAUGUUGGCCAGUCCCACGCGGGGCAUCAGCCAGGUCCUGAAACGCUUCGAGGAGGCAGCUUUCACUUGCGAGUACAAAUAUGAUGGGCAGAGGGCACAGAUCCACAUGCUGGAAGGCGGCGAGGUGAAGAUCUUCAGCAGAAAUCAAGAAGAUAACACCGGGAAGUACCCUGACAUCAUCAGCCGCAUCCCCAAGAUUAAGCUCUCGUCGGUCACAUCUUUUAUCCUGGACACUGAAGCUGUGGCUUGGGACCAGGAAAAGAAGCAGAUCCUGCCAUUCCAAGUGCUCACCACCCGCAAACGCAAGGAGGUGGACGCUUCGGAGAUCCAGGUGCAAGUGUGUGUGUACGCCUUCGAUCUCAUCUACCUCAACGGAGAGUCCCUGGUACGUGAGCCCCUUUCCCGACGCCGGCAGCUGCUCCGGGAGAACUUUGUGGAGACAGAGGGUGAGUUUGUCUUCGCUACCUCCCUGGACACCAAGGAUACCGAACAGAUCGACGAGUUCUUGGAACAGUCAGUCAAAGACUCCUGCGAGGGGCUGAUGGUGAAAACCUUGGAUGUCAAUGCCACCUACGAGAUCGCUAAGAGAUCACACAACUGGCUCAAGCUGAAGAAGGACUACCUCGAUGGCGUGGGUGAUACACUGGACCUCGUGGUGAUCGGUGCCUACCUUGGCCGGGGAAAGCGAGCUGGCCAGUAUGGGGGCUUCCUGCUGGCCUCCUACGAUGCAGACACUGAGGAGCUACAGGCCAUAUGCAAGCUCGGAACUGGCUUCUGCGAUCGCGAGCUGGAGGAACAGCACGAGAACCUCCAGGACCUGGUGCUGCCCACCCCACGCUCCUACGUGCGGGUAGGUGGUGCCGCCGCCCCCGACCACUGGCUGGAGCCCAGAAUUGUGUGGGAGGUGAAGUGUGCCGACCUCUCCCUGUCCCCCAUCUACCCUGCUGCCCGGGGCCUGGUGGAUAGUGAGAAAGGGAUCUCUCUUCGCUUCCCUCGGUUUAUACGAGUCCGUUACGAUAAAAGGCUGGAGGAGGCCACCACCAGUGCCGAGGUGGCCUCUCUGUACCUGAAGCAGAGUCAGAUCCAGAACCAGCAGAGCUCAGACUCAGACUCUGACUUCGAUUUUCUCUGCUAAGCCCCUGCCUUCCCAAGUGACUGGGGCAGAGGGCAAGAGAGGUGGCAGGAACCCGGGAACAUUGCCUGUGUCUUGGAGCAAAUCGGGUGUUGAUUCUGUGUGGUUUUUCAGAGACAAGUGUGUAUGUGUGAGGGGCUGGAUUUCACUCAUUUCUUUCAAUAAAUAAGUGCUAAGUGUCUCAUCUCGGACAAAGUCCGUGCUGGGUCCUGUGGAUAGAGCUAUGGUAGCUCCCACUUGUACGGCAUGUGACAGUGUGCCUGGAACUGUCUGCACCAGUGCCGUGCAGUGGGACUUCUCUCUGCACCAUGCAGCCUGACAGCCAGUGGUCCCCUGCUGCGAUGGAACACUUGACUUAUGGCCAGUGCGAUUGAGGGCUCAGAUUUUUCAUUUAAUUAAUUUGGAUUCAAAUAGCUGAAUUUGACUAGUCACUGUUGUAUUAGACAGCAGCAGCCUUUUACACACACACACACACAUAUGUGCUGCAUAUGCUGUUGUGGUGACUGAUGGGCCAUGGGUACGACAGUGGUCCGAUUGGGAGCAUUCAAGCCGUGGACAGCCUAGGUGUGUAGUGGACAACACCAUCUAGGUUUGUAGAAGCGCACUCUGGGGUGUUGACACAUGAUGAAAGUGCCCAGUGACUUAUUUCUCAGAACACAGGCCCUUGAAAAAGUGAUACCCAACGGUGUACAUCUUAGUGCACAUCUUGGUAAAGUGAUGCCCAGCGGUGUACAUUUAGCCUCCCAGCCAGCCCCAGGCAGGCGCUCAGCUCUGUAGGUGUGGAUGAGGAAAGCAUGGGAACGGUAAGUGGCUAACCUGGGACCCCAGCACCAGGGCUCUGACAUGGGGGUCUGGCUCCAGGACCCACACUUUUCGAGUAAGCUCUCCAUUUUCUUAGACAAUAUAAGUGCAGUGACUUGUAUGUGACUCUCAGCCCUGCCACCCACCAUCUGGGGACCAGGUGCAGCCUCAGAAUCCUCAGCUGUUCCAGAUGUCCGUCACCCAUGAGGAUGGGUGGUUCCCCUGCCUGGUUUGUUCAUACUUACCCCCGCCUGGCACAUAGGUGCUCAGCAAGUCAUGGCUGAACUCUGUCUCCUCUAACAUGAGGUGACACUCCAGCAUCCUUUCACCACCUUCCUUCCAGAGCCCUCCCUGAGUGCUGACUCCCCCUCCCAUAGAGCUUGGGGAUGGUCCCCUGUCUGCAGUGUAUUUGCAGAUAGUUCAAGCCAGCCUGGCCAACACUGGCAACAGGAUGGCCUUUGGGACCAAGGGAAGGAGUCUUCUAGAAAAGCUGUUGUUCAGAAAAAGGAUUGCAGAGAGCACUGGGCCUAGCAGUGUCUCUGGACCUGCAGCAGUCCCGGGCCACCAGCUGGAAAAAAGUAGCAGGAUGGCUGCUCUGGCCACCAGCUGGAAGAGAGGAGCAGGAUGGAUGCUGUGGCCACCAGCUGGAAGAGAGGAGCAGGAUGGAUGCUGUGGCCACCAGCUGGAAGAGAGGAGCAGGAUGGAUGCUGUGGCCACCAGUUGGAAGAGAGGAGCAGGAUGGAUGCUGUGGCCACCAGCUGGAAGAGAGGGGCAGGAUGGAUGCUGUGGCCACCAGCUGGAAGAGAGGAGCAGGAUGG